UGCCUGGAGGAGACCAUGAGGAAGGUCCUCCAGAAGCUGGGGAAGGCGGACGAGACAAAGGACGAGCAGUUUGAGCAGUGCGUGCAGAAUUUCAACAAGCAGCUGACCGAGGGCACCCGGCUGCAGAAGGAUCUCCGGACCUACUUGGCAUCCGUCAAAGCCAUGCACGAGGCCUCCAAGAAGCUGAACGAGUGUCUGCAGGAGGUCUAUGAGCCCGACUGGCCCGGCCGGGACGAGGCGAACAAGAUCGCGGAGAACAACGAUCUGCUGUGGAUGGACUACCACCAGAAGCUGGUGGACCAGGCGCUGCUGACCAUGGACACAUAUCUGGGCCAGUUCCCGGACAUCAAGUCACGCAUCGCCAAGCGGGGGCGCAAGCUGGUGGAUUACGACAGUGCCCGGCACCAUUACGAGUCCCUGCAGACCGCCAAAAAGAAGGAUGAAGUCAAAAUUGCCAAGCCUGUCUCGCUGCUUGAGAAAGCCGCCCCCCAGUGGUGCCAAGGCAAACUGCAGGCUCAUCUCGUAGCUCAAACUAACCUGCUCCGAAAUCAGGCUGAGGAGGAGCUCGUCAAGGCCCAGAAGGUGUUCGAGGAGAUGAACGUGGACCUGCAGGAGGAGCUGCCGUCUCUGUGGAACAGCCGGGUGGGCUUCUACGUCAACACGUUUCAGAGCAUCGCAGGCCUGGAGGAGAACUUCCACAAGGAGAUGAGUAAGCUCAACCAGAACCUCAACGACGUGCUGGUCAGCUUGGAGAAGCAGCAUGGGAGCAACACCUUCACGGUCAAGGCCCAGCCCAG